GACGUGGAACAGCAUUUCUGGCUAUUUUUCCUUGAGGAAAACAGGACUCCUCACUCCAGGAACAAGCUUUGGGGAAGCUGGGCGCCGAUGUAAAGGAUCAUGGACAUUACAUUCUGGCAUCAGCUGUCAAAACGGGCAGUUUCAUUCACCCGUAUCUUGUUUUGCGCAGCAAUUGGCGGUGACAGCAUGUCGACGCCGAAGGUGUCGCCAGUCUGCUGAGGGCGUUUCUCAAGCACGAGAUUGCAUUCAAGCCAUGCUUGGACCUCUGAAAGGAGCAUCACAACCAGUGCGGACGUGUAUAAACCAUAUUUGGCACAGCGCGGUGUUAGUAGCCGGUACCAGAAAACUCAGAACAGCAGUCACAUCUGAACAUUUUUAGGAUGUGAAGCAAUCAUCCAAACCGAUGGGAAAGAUGGAUGUGGACAACUUUGGGAGUUGGCUCUCGUUUUUUGGAAAUGGGACAGGUAACCUAACCGCUGCUGCCAGUAUUCAGCUGAAAAAUCAGACCAGCACGGUUCUGGUGGAUCCGUGGGAAGAGAACCACUCAACUGAAGUGACGCGUUUGGAAAACGUUUAUUUCAUCCAGGAGCAAACCUACAGAGACUUUACCACCGCCGCCCAGAUCCUCAUCCUCAUCGGGUCACUACUGGCCAACGCAGCGGUACUCUGGUGCACCUGCUACACCAAUGUCUUCAAGUCGGCCACGGGCCGCUUCAUCCAGAACCUGGCGUGCGCGGGCAUCUGUGCCACGUUGGUGUGCGUGCCCUACGACGUGGCGCUGGGUGGCGGCGGCGGUGCCAGUCCUCGGUGUUGCGCGUGGCUCCGCGCCGUCUUCUUCUGCAAGGCCAUCAAGUUCCUGCACAAGGUCUUCUGCUCUGCCACCGUGCUCAGUUUUGCUGCCAUCGCACUGGACAGAUACUACUCUGUCCUGUACCCACUGGAGCGCAAGAUAUCGGACACCAAGUCUCGAGACCUGGUCAUCUACAUCUGGGUGCAUGCCACAGUGGCCAGCGUCCCCGUGCUGGUGGUCACCAAUGUCACCGACAUUUACGCCACCUCCUCCUGCUCCGCUGGCCCCCCCGGCUCCCCUGGCCCCCCCGGCCCCGGUCCUGGCCCAGGACCGGCACCAGGGGUGGCCGGGCCAGGCCCUGGCAUGGCUGAUGGAGCCGGAGGCCCAGGCCCUUCGCUGGGGCAUCUGGUUUACGUGGUGGUCUACAACGUCACCACGGUGAUCCUGCCGCUGGCGGCUGUCUUCCUGGCCAUGGUGCUGAUCCGCAGAGCGCUGAGCGCCAGCCAGAAGAAGAAGGUGAUCAUCGCGGCGCUGCGCACACCGCAGAACUGCAUCUCCAUCCCGUACGUGUCGCAGCGCGAGGCCGAGCUGCACGCCACGCUGCUGGCCGCUGUGCUGCUCUUCACGCUCUGCAGCGCCCCCUACGCUGUGCUAGUGGUAUACCAGCUGAUCGCACCCGCAGGGAGCCUUGGCGGCUCUCCAGGGCUAACACCGGUGACGUCGGCUGCGCCGCCACUGGUGCUGUGGCUGACGGCCGCCUGGGUGCCCAAGCUGUCCCUGCUCACCAACCCGCUGCUGUUUCUCACCGUCAACCGCUCUGCACGGCACUGCCUGGUCGACCUGCUGGCCCGGGCGCACAGGCGCUGCAGCCGGAGGAAUGCGGUGGGCUCGGCGGGCCUGGGGGACGGGGAUGGCGCCGAUGGCGGUGGGGUGGGGGGAGCGGGAGGCGGGGGAGGAGGCGGGAUGGGAGGCGAGGCGGCUGCGCGCUCUGGCAGCCAGCUGCUGGAGAUGUUCAACAUUGGACAACAGCAGAUCUUCAGCCAGAGAGAGGAGGAUGAGGAGGAGGAGGAGGAGGAGGAGGUGGAGGAGGAGGGGGAUGUGAGGCAGGAGAUUCCCUCCGUGUGCUCGGUGGGUUCCCAUCAUCACCACAGGGUGCAGGAGUUGACGGUGGUAGCCGGAUCGGCGAGAACUGUGGGGUCUGUGAGCCGGUCUGAGUCGAGCCAGCAUUCACACCACCAACACCACCAGCCGCAUCAGCACACCGCCCAGGGAGGGACACGGGAAUCGGGCCUGCCUCUGCCCAAAUCCUCCUCCCCGAGUCUGGCCUGCACCCACUCCUCCCAGGUGGCCCCUGCCACGCCCACAGACCCGGAGGAGGCGUCGUCCCAGUUCGGGUUCGGCCCCUUCGAGCUGCCGCCCCAGUGGCUGCCGGAGACGCGGCACAGCAAGCGCAGGCUGCUGCCGCCGCUAGGCAACACCCCGGAGGAGCUGAUCCAGACCAAGCAGCCGCGGCCGCGAACCGAGCGACGCAUCAGCCGCAACAACAAGGUCAGCACUUUCCCCCCCACCGUUGACCCCUGACCCCCCAGGGUUCAAGGUCGCGACAAAAGACACACAACGGAGAGAGGCUUUUGCUAAUUACCCAAUUACGUUCUUGUUCUGAAGAGUUCUGAUGAAUGCUUAUGCCACGUUUGGUGGUACAUGAAGAAUUAAUGAGACAAGACUUUUGACCAGUCGUUGCACUAGACUGGGUCGAGGGUCACGAAAAAGACAAGGAACAGAGUGAGGCAUUUGCUAAUUACCCAAUUAGACAUAUCUGAACAGUUCAGUCGUGGCACACAAGACUUGGAAGUAAAAACUUGUGCGUUGUCCUUCGUGGUCCUAAACGUUUAUUCGAACCGAUGCACAAAGAAUUGCUUGAUAUACAUCCACAACAGCUAAAUCGUAGGCUGCUGCUGGCUCUGUUGGGAAACACACUGGCAGAACUAAUCCAGGGGUCCGUUUCUCGAUUCUUGUCAUUGCUAACCGUCUUAAGACCGUCUUAAGACGUAACACCAUUCCCUUGGAUUUAGUGGUGAGCGUCGCUGUCGAGAGAGAGAUGAGUCGCUCUUACGAAGGACGUCGUUAGCAAAGACGCUUUCCAGAAACGGACCCCUGACCAAGCAACAGCAACAACAAGGUCACUACACCCCCAAUCCACCCCACCCUCAACACACACACACACACACACACCGAAACAAAAACUGUGUUGACCCUUGACAGGGUCAAGGUCCUGAAAAUAACAAGGGUGAUUGUACUAAUCACUAGAGCACCUCUGUUGACACUUGAGGGUCAAGAGGCCAGAGAGACAGAUACAGAGACAGACAGUUUUCAGGCCAACCAGAAUAGUGCCGGUGCCCACACCAGUUACGUUUGGAACUUAAGUGCUUACCUACGCUACGAACCACCCACGUUCCUACCGGUCUCUGACCUUUUCCGUAUGUGAUCAUUUGUUACCUGGAUGAAGUUGCUGAUCCCCAGUUUGCAGAGAAAAGGUAUUUUUUGUUUUUUUCAUUGCGAACCAACUUUCUGGUUCCCAAAAGCUCAGACUUGCGGUAUGAACACACCAGCAACUUCAAGAUGUGAUGAAGGCACGGGCACCGACAGGGUUCUAGAGAGUGGUAAACAAACCAAUGAGACACCUGCCAUGUACAGUAUAUACACUGUACUUUCCCCUCUGCUUGCACUUAAGGUGAUUUCACUAAUUAUUACUGAAGAAAAGUUCUGAUUAUUAACAACCAGCUUCUCCAGUUCAGUGGCUGAAACAAACAUUUGCUGUGGAACCCAGGAUGUCUUUCUCUGGUCACAGAAAGGAAAAACACAAGACCACAUCACUGCCUGAGACUUUGUACAAGACACAAGCCAAGUGGAGUGAGUCUCAUGUUUUGUGUGCCAACAUCAUCAAAGUUUGAAAUGUACAUCGGUGAGGAUGUUUUACAGAAACAUGUUUCAUCUCAUGUUCAUAUCACAUGCUGUUUUUGCCGCCCCUUGAGACGUGCAUGAGAGUGGUUGCAGGUGGCUCUUUGAAUCAAAUUCUUACUGAAUAGUUUUUUUUAGGACACAAUCACACAAUAGCACUUUUUAUCAUCUCAAAACAAGCAAUGAUUGCCACUCGUCAGUUCUCGUUGUUUGCUACUCGUCGUUGUUUAUCGUUCAAAGGUCAAUAGCAUCAUAACCAUUCUGUAAUCUUCAGUUUUUUCAGAGUCAUGUCUGGAUUGUACAGUGCAAUAUUCUCAGUAAUGUUUCCUGGAGGAAAAUGUCCAUAAAAUGUUAUCUCUACUGUUAUUGACAUUGUACAGUUUAGCACCUCGAGCCUUAAGCAGACCUGGCUAUGCAAGCAAAUGGCUGUUAGCAUAUGCCAUAUUUGUAUUUUUUUUUCAAUGGCUCAGUUUUAUUUCCUUCCUAAGCAUUGUGAUCAUGACCAAGAAUAUGAUAAUAAAUAUUUCUAUUGUCAUCAUUUCUUUAAGUUCUUUAUCUCGCAUACAAAAACACAUAUACAUGUGCACGGCGCAUGCACAUGCACACACACACACACACACACACGCGCGCGCGCACACACAAUUCACAGAGGGUUUUUAAAUAUGUUCCACCACACCAACAUGCCAUUCCCAUCAUAGUAGCAAACAUACAUAUUGCAAGCUCUCUAUCCUGACAGUUAAGAGUACUAAUGAUGACAACAUCCCAGUCCCCCAUGAUGCAUAUGCAUUUUCUAUUGAGGCAUCAGGGUGCUUACAG